AUGUUAGAGGAGAUACUGUUAAGGGAGCGACAUAAGUUGGAGACGGUGUUUGUUCAAACACCUACAAUCACAUUCACAAGAGAAUCAUUGGUGUCUGCAUCAGUGUCAACACUCAUUCUUCACAGCCAACCAAUCACCAAUGGGUUGUUACCAGACUCUGUUACGGCAUUGGAGUUGGCAGCUGGAUUCAAACUACCUCUUGGUGAACUUCCCUCAACCAUUCAUUCAUUGACACUUAAUAACACACGCAGCCGAAGAGUCAAGGUUCUUCCAAUCGUCUCCAAGUCUAUCACAUCACUUACAUUUGGCGAUCACUUUGCCCAGAGUCUAAAGCCUGGAUCGCUACCACCCUGCCUCAUAUCACUUGUACUUGGCAAUUCAUUUGAUCGCACUUUGACACCUGGUGUACUCCCGCCCUCGUUGCAGUCAUUGGUCUUGGGCCAUUCAUUCAAUCAAAUAUUGCAGCCGGGUUCACUACCGUCGACUCUAACAUCGCUGACAGUUGGACAUCGAUUCGACCAGAGAGUUGGAGAAGAGCUGCACAUUGGCAUUGACUAUCACAUUGGACCCUUGUACUUCACAAACAUGAUGUCAUUGACAAGAUUGAAGAUGGAUGGGUUUAGACAGCCUAUAAUCGAGGGCAUGUUCCCUCAAACGCUGACAGAGCUAGACCUUGGCGAGCAAUUUGAGCAUAUAUUCAACCUCAUACCAAGCAAUGUCCACACUCUGACUCUCACAUUCAAAGAGAUCAAACGAUUCAUCAGUAUGCCGCCAAGUGUCAAGCAUGUUCACUUCAUACCAGAGGACAGCUAUAUCGAUUUACACAAGGAUGGCCACACUUAUCGAUUCAACAAUAGUCUUGAAUCAGUUCAUAUCCAUCGAGAAAUCAAUCCUUAUGCUAUUGAUUGGAAUGUGAACAUGCACAGAAAUAUCAAGCUGAUGGUAUCAGCGAUGCCCAAUGUAGCCAACCUCUACCUACGCUACAACAAGGAUCAUAUUCAUUACAAGGGAACGGAUGUGGACAAGUCAUUCCGUGUGUCUAGGAGGUCUGGAAAAUCAACUAUUCGCUAUGUUACCAACUUCCAUGGUCCAGUGGAAGUGGCCAAGACAAUGGACGGCAACAAACCAACAACAUGUAUUGUAAUAUAG